GAGAAGUGAGCGAGGGAAGGGAACGUAAACAUGUCAAGUGGGACACAGCCGUUCAUUCUGCUCUAAACCUGCUGUUUUUCAGACUGAGUACAUUCAUUUUAUCAUUUAUUAGGAGAAAUCUAAAUCCAAACUACCAAACGAGAGAAGUAAUACGCAGGACGAGCUACUCCAGGAGAAACUACUGACACUGUUGUAAAGAUGGAGUUUGAUGAACAACCCUGCAGAAUAAAAGAUGAAGAUACAGAGGAACAAAUAGACCCGAUGGAAGUGAAUGAAGACAAAUGGCAUCAUUUCACAAAUGAAGAUGGAAAACUGACAUAUAAAAAUGAAGACAAACAACAUGUGUUUCAAAAACCUCAUCAUUUCAAAACUGAAGAUGGAAAUGCAGUCAUUUUAAAUACUGAAGAGAAUUUCACACAAAAAGAAGCUGGAAAAUCUGGAGUCAAAGUAUUUUUCACCUGCUCAGAGUGUGGAAUGUUUUACAUGCGUAAAUCAGACCUUAAGAGACACAUGAGAAUUCACACUGGAGAAAAUCUGUUCACAUGCAUUCAGUGUGGAAAGAGUUACAUUCAAAAAGGACACCUAAAGGUGCACAUGAGAAUUCACACUGGAGAAAAACCGUUCACAUGCACUCAGUGUGAAAAGAGUUUCAUAUCCAAAAGCUCUCUCACCACUCACCUGCGUCGUCACUCUGGAGUGAGAUCGUUCAGCUGUGAUCAGUGUGAUAAAACAUUUGUUUUGGCAUCAGACUUAAAUACACACCUUAAAAUUCAUACUGGUGUAAAGCCUCACUUUUGUUCUUUUUGUGGAAAGUGUUUUACACGGCUGCAAAAUUUAAAAGAGCAUGAGCGUGUACAUACUGGUGUGAAACCUUAUUGGUGCAUUGACUGUGGGAAGAACUUUACUACAUCCGGCCACUUAAAAUCACACCAGAGAAUUCAUACUGGAGAGAAAUCGUUCAAGUGCUCACACUGUGGGAAGACCUUCACUAGAUCGAGCGACUUAAGAUCACACCAGAGAAUUCAUACUGGAGAGAAACCUUACAAGUGCUCACACUGUGGAAAGAGUUUCACGCGGUCAGAUUCCUUGAAAUCUCAUGAGAGAGUUCAUACUGGAGAGAAGCCGCACCAGUGCUCCUCAUGUGGGAGGAGUUUCACCCAAUUAUCUAGUCUACAGACUCAUAAGAAAAAACGUUGCCCAAAGAUGUCUAAUGAGCAAAUGUUCAUGUUCAGAUCAUCACUUAAAAAUAAUACACUUACAAGUCAAUAAUUUGACAUUCAGAUCAGUCAAAAGCUGGAUAAUUUGCUCAAAUUAGUUGUGAAGGUUGAAUUUUUUUGACAAGGGGAACCUUUGGGGAAGGUCAAAAUAAUACUUCAGAAUAUACAACCCGAAUUCCAGAAAAGUUGGGACGUGUUUUAAAUUUGAAUAAAAUGAAAACUAAAAGACUUUCAAAUCACAUGAGCCAAUAUUUUAUUCACAAUAGAACAUAGAUAACAUAAAUGUUUAAACUGAGAAAUUUUGCAAUUUUUUGCACAAAAUGAGCAAACCUGCUACAGGUCUCAAAAUAGUUGGGACGGGGGCAUGUUUACCAUGGUGUAGCUUCUCCUCUUCUUUUCGAAAAAAUUUGAAGAUGUCUGGGCAUCAAGGUAAUGAGUUUCUGGAGUUUUGGUGUUGGAAUUUGGUCCCAUUCUUGCUGAUAAAGGUUUCCAGGUGCUCCAAAUGUUCUCUAUAGGUGAAAGAUCUGGACUGCAGGCAGGCCAAUUCAGCACCCGGACUCUUCUAUGAAGAAGCCAUGCUGUUGUAAUAGCUGCAGUAUGUGGCUUUGCAUUGUCCUGCUGAAAUACACAAGGCCUUCCCUGAAAUAGAAGCAUCUGGAAACCUUUAUAUACCUUUCAGCAUUCAUAGUGCCUUCCAAAACAUGCAAGCUGCCCAUACCGUAUGCACUUAUGCACCCCCAUACCAUCAGAGAUGCUGGCUUUUGAACUGAACGCUGAUAACACGUUGGAAGGUCUUCUUCUUUAGCCCGGAGGACACGGCGUCCGUGAUUUCCAACAAGAAUGUCAAAUUUGGACUCGUUUGACCAUAGAACACUUUUCCACUUUGAAACAGUCCAUUUUAAAUGAGCCUUGGCCCACAGGACACGACGGUGCUUCUGGACCAUGUUCACAUAUGGCUUCCUUUUUGCAUGAUAGAGCUUUAGUUGGCAUCUGCAGAUGGCACGGCGGAUUGUGUUUUACGACACUGGUUUCUGGAAGUAUUCCUGGGCCCAUUUAGUAAUGUCAUUGACACAAUCAUGCCGAUGAGUGAUGCAGUGUCGUCUGAGGGCCCGAAGACCACGGGCAUCCAAUAAAGGUCUUCGGCCUUGUCCCUUACGCACAGAGAUUUCUCCAGUUUCUCUGAAUCUUUUGAUGAUGUUAUGCACUGUAGAUUAUGAGAUUUACAAUUUGACGUUGAGGAACAUUGUUUUUAAAGUAUUCCACAAUCUUUUUUAUGCACUCUUUCACAGAUUGGAGAGCCUCUGCCCAUCUUUACUUCUGGGAGACUCUGCCUCUCUAAGACAUCCCUUUUAUAGCUAAUUCUGUUACAGACCUGAUAUCAAUUAACUUAAUUAGUUGCUAGAUGUUCUCCCAGCUGAAUUUGAUGCCUGUAGCAGGCAUCAAAUUUGAAAUGAGCUCAUUUAGUGGAUAAAAGUGUAAAAUUUCUCCAUUUAAACAUUUGUUAUGUUAUCUAUGUUCUAUUGUGAAUAAAAUAUUAGCUCAUGUGAUUUGAAAGUCUUUUAGUUUUCAUUUUAUUCAAAUUUAAAAAACGUCCCAACUUUUCCGGAAUUCGGGUUGUAUGAGGCAUUUGGAUAAAAUGGCAACAAGUCUAUUAAAUCAUAAUCUAUAUUUCAAACAACUUGUUUUAGGUGUUUAGACAUGAUGCAUUAAGAUAUUGAAGACUUUUGUGUUGAAAAAAAAAGAUUCUAUUAAAAUUGCAGACAAACAGCAAAUGCUUAACAGCUUUAAUAGUCAUUUUAUUGCAUCUGGGUCUACAUUUCAAAUAAAUAAUUAUACAAAUUUUAAUUCGUAAUUUCUGGAUGCAGAAUGCCAUCUAUGGACUGGAGAGUUUGCUUUUGAACAAAUAAUCUCUUCUGAUGUCUGCUCUGCUCUGAAAGAUCACGCCUGUCAGCUGGAGUGCCGAUAGCCACCAGAGUGCACUCCUCCUUUCUCCUUGAUCAUGAAAUACAUUUCCCGUAACACAUUGGGCCUCAUUUAUCAAUCUAAUGGAGAAAAGAGCGUAGAAAUCAUCUUACGACAGGGUUCACGUGUGAUUCAUCAAACAUUUGUAUGCGGCUCAAAACAAUUGUCAUUUGAAUAUCACACCCCCUAAAAAUUCAUGAGCUGUGUUCAAAAUCGCACCCUAUACCCUCAUUCACUAUUUCCUACAUUACUCCACUAAUAUAGUCCACUUGAAGGAGUAAAUGAAAAUAAGUGAGUGAAUUCGGACACUGAGUGUGCUUACUGUUUAAUAAUCAUUUGAAACUCUAGUAGUAAUGCAAAUAUUUAUCUUGAACUCUGUCAUGGAAACUAGCAUGUAUAAACCUUAAUUAAACAAUUUAAUAAUCAA